ACCCCCGGGGCGUCGCGUGCAGGGUGGUGCGGUGUGAACUGUUUGCGUUGCGCGACACUGUGGCUGUUGUUGUUGCUACGCUGAUCAGCUGAACGUAUGAUACGCGCUUCGAGUUUGACAAGCAGGAGGGAAGCCCUGUUGGCUCGCGAGCGUCCAAAUAACGCCGAGAGAGGCGUCAGCGGCGAUUCCGGUUGACAAGCGAUGGGAUGCGGACCACGACACGCUACCCUGAAGAGUAAAUGGCUACAGCAACGCCAACAACUGUGUCAGGGCCAGUGAAGUUCUAACAUGUGACAAGCUGAAGAUGGGAGACAAAUAGGUCUUAAAGAAUUAUUCAAUGUCAGCAGAGAAAGUGCCUCAAAAGCAUCUUGAGACAUUCUUUGUCAAGCCCCAUUGCCAGGCAUCAGCCGAAAAGACACACAAAGAUGAAUUUCACCAAGGCUAUUUGUGAACAGGAGAGGCGACAUAUAGCACAUAACCAGCACUCAUUUAUAUGGCGGCUGCAUACUGACACCGUUUAAUUAUGCCUUUGUUAGUUAAGACACCAUCCGGUAUCUUACAUUAAUUAUGGCAUAAUACAAUUAGCCCCCUAAGUGAGUGUAAAGACUUUUUCCUGUCGGAAGAGUAUUGAUGCAAUGAUGUUUAUCGGAUUGGUGCUCAAAAAAACAUUCUCAUUGCAUUCUUAAGGCCUCCUCCCCACAUCUUAUGGAGGCGGAGGAAAAGCAGUCAGCCGAUGGGAAGCGGUCUGGUGGGCAACAGCAGCCAUCAGAGUCUUUUUUAGCAGCACAGCUGCCUCAGUUACAGCAACAAGCUACCUCACAAUCUGUCCAUGGAUCACAUGGCCGCCUUCAACACAGGCAGCCAAAACGCUUUGAAAUGCUCCAAAGGCAGAAGCAGCAGCAACAGUCACAAUCUGGUGGGUCAUCUUGGCAGCUUACAGAAGUACCUGGUCCUUCAAGAGGCAGCUGUUCUGCCCUGGGAGAUUCGUCUCCCCAAAUUCAUAAUAUUAAGCAAACUCAGUCUCUGCCCAGUGUGGAAGUACAGGAAGGCACCCUAUGUAGACGAGAACGUAAGCCCCAAAAACCAGGGAAAUAUGUGUGCACAUACUGCGGCCGUCCUUGUGCAAAGCCUAGCGUCCUCCAAAAACACAUCCGAUCUCACACUGGAGAGAGACCUUAUCCAUGUGUCCCAUGUGGCUUCUCCUUCAAGACCAAAAGCAACUUGUACAAACACCGCAAAUCCCAUGCGCAUCGAAUAAAAGCAGGCAUGGCCUCAAGUCUUGAAGAGACCAGUUUUAUUGGGCCGGGAGGUGGAGCCUUGGGAUAUGAACAAGAAGAAGAGGGUACAGAAGGAGAGAGUACAGCUUCUGAGGAUGAGACUGGGCAACACCAACCAUCUACCUCACAGGGCAGGCCAACUCUGAAAAAAAGUAGUAAAGUGGAAUUGUCAUUUGUAGAGGAGGGUCCCCAAACUGAGGAUUCACAGGCCGUCAAGCAAAGGUUAGCAAUGAGGCUAAGUGAGAGGAAGCGAGCUCCCAGAGCAUCUUCAGAUGAAACCCGAUCCUCACUGGGUCCUGGCAGUAAGGGGAGCACAGAAUCUGGCUAUUUUUCCAGUUCUGGGAGUGCUGAGCUCUCCCAAGUAAGCCCACCAAAUGCCAGUGCUAAAACGUAUGCUGAGAUAAUUCUAGGAAAGUAUGGACGCCUAGGACAACAGCAAAGAAUUUCACAUCAACAACUGCAGUUAUCAUCAUCUUCAGGUCAACAGGAAAAAGCAAUCCCUUUCACUGUUCCUAAGACACAAGUCAUUGAGCAUAUAACUAAGCUAAUUACUAUAAAUGAAGCUGUGGUGGAUACAAGUGAAAUUGAUAGUGUCAAACCAAGACGUUCCUCACUCUCUAGAAGAAGUAGCAUUGAGUCUGUAAAGUUCUCUUCACCCAAAGAACCCUGUGUUUUUGAACCAAAAGCGGAUGCUCCAGGCUCUUGCGGCUCUGCUGUUCAACUUGUUUCUGGUAGUUUUGCAAGUGAAUUACCUGGCUCAUACUUGGCUGAAACAGAAACAUUGGCUGGUCAGAGCUCCAGUGCUCUUCUCUAUAGGAGUCAAUCAGUGCCAUCUUCUCGUAAUACUCCAGAUACAGCUUCACACGGCUUUCGUCUAAGUCAUUCUUUUGAUGAUCAGCAGGCCAUAGCAGCUGAAAUGAGGAUUGGGCCACAUCAACGAAUGUUACGACGCCAACCUGCUAUUGAGGUGCCGGUUGGAGUGGACCUCAGUAUUGAGGAUGCAGGUCCUUCUAGUUUGAAAGAAAUAGAAUUAGGAAAGAAGCCAGACAGGGAAUUUCACCUUUAUGAGUGUGAAAUUUGUGGGACUCGCUUGAAGAAGCAGGACUCUUACACAUCACACAGACUAGCGUGUAUGAGUAAAUCUCCACAUGGUCUGCAAAGUGAGGAAGGCAGUUCUUUUCCUGAGAAUCAGCCACAAAUUAUGAGCUACAAGUUUAAAGCAAUGGCUAUGGCUGUGCGCAAGAGGAAAAAAAAAGAAGAAAGUCUUGAGGAAGACCCUCCCAGUCCAGGUCCAACAGCAGUGUCUUUCAGCACCCAGCCUCCAUCGAUGCUAGGCAGUAUUGAUAAUCAGGGCACACCUUGUGGCCUUUCACAAAGUGAGGUAGAAAGGAGGUUUCCCUGGAAAGAAAUUUCUGUUAUCCAGCAUACCAGAUCCUUUGAAAAACAGGAAAGCAUCUCUAUGGCAAAUCAGGAAGCACAGCCAGAACACGAGCAAUCACAGGAGCCAAAACCAGCCUCCAUGUCCCGGUUAAUCCGUCAACCCAACAUUCAAGUGCCAGAAAUUCUGGUUACAGAGGAGCCAGAUACCGAGAUGGUCUCUCAUCCAGCGAACACUUACACCUCUAAAGAGUCAGAGAAGGUGGAGGAAUUCCAGUGGCCUCAGCGUAGCCAAAGUCUGGCUCAGCUCCCUGCAGAGAAGCUACCGCCAAAGAAGAAGCGUCUCCGUUUGGCUGAGGCAGCCCAAUCAUCAGGAGAAUCUAGCUUUGAGUCAGUAUCCCUGCCACACAGCCCAAGCCAAGAGAGCAAUGUUUCCCAUGCCUCCAGUCGAUCUGCAUCCUUUGAGGAAUCAGGAAGGCCAGACUGUGAGAUGCAGAGUAGUACCUGGAGCUCCCAAGGGUCUCACAUGCUGACUGUUCCAUCAAGUCUUCAUCAACACCAUCAUUCUCACAAAGAGAUGCGCCGCUCAACCUCUGAACAGGCAUCUGCAAGUCCUCCACACCCUGCACAUGUAGAGGAAACAAGAAGUAAGUCAUUUGACUAUGGCUCUCUCUCUCAAGAGCGCACUUCUGCUACUUGGAAGGAGAGGAGGAAAUGUCUCUUGGUGAAGCACGGAACCCUUGGUGAACCUGACCAGGAGGAGUCAUGUACUAAACCUGGCAUCUCUGCUGUUUGCCAGUCCUACCCAGGUCAUCCUCCAUUCACAAUCACAGAGGAUAGAAUGGGAGGCAGGACCUCUAGGGUUAGCUCGGAGCAUAUAGGGAAGACCUUGCAGCUUUUCCAAUCCCCUCUUUCCCUCCCACCAGCAGUUUUCCCCCUACAACAAGCAAACCCUGAUUUUUGUUCCCCAAGUCAGCUCACUAGAUUCCUUCCAGUCACUACAGCAGUCGUUUCUUCCCAGAUGUUUCAGCAAGCCUUCCUUCACAGUGAGCCACCUCCGCCACAUCCAAGACCCAUAGAAUAUGUAGAACACCUGGGAUUACCCCUUCAGCCACUCACCACUUUAUUCCCUCUACAUUCAAGUGAUGUUGCUGAGGAUGUUUGCUUUCCCAUGCCAGGUGGACUGACUAUUCAGGUCCCCUCAGGGCCUCUUUUCAGUGAGUUUAGGUCAUCACCUUCCUCAUUGCAUACUCCCAGUCAUUCACAACAGCAGUUAGUCGUCCGCCACAACCCCCAUCCCGUGAUUGCUCCUUGUCUUCAACAGCUUAUGCCAGUGGUGUCUCUUGUAGUGCCUGUGCGCUUACAGACUCACAUUCCUACCUAUGCUAGUGCCAUGUAUACAACCAUCUCACAAAUUUUAGCCACAACGCAACAUCCAGUCUGCUGCACAGCUAUGGUAAUCAUGGGUAAGCUGGAGGAAGACAAGCUUCAGAGAUCUUACCUUAGGCUGGCCUCACCUAACCCCAAGAGCUAUAUUCCCUUGCCACUGCCUCUCGAGCAUGGAGCAGGUGCUUCAUCUGAUGACAGCUGUGGGCAGCUUGGUGCUGGAGGAAGCAAGCGAAUGCUGUCACCUGCAGGUAGUCUAGAACUCAGUUUAGAGGCACAGCGGCACCAAAAACGGGUGAAAGAGGAGGAGGAAAUAGAAGAGUGUGACAAGGAAGAUGACGAUAACAAAUGCGACAAAUCUCAGGAGGUGAGUCAGGCAAAAAUUAAGCAGAGGCUAACAGUGGAGAUGGCAAGGAGGGCCAAAGAUCCAAGGGAAGUAAUAGAAACUGAAAAGUUAAGCAAGCAGAACUUCACCCAACACAAAUCUGAAACCUUGGAGGAGGAGGGAAGGAAAGAGGUGGGACAUUGGUAUGCUCCAAGGGUAACAAGUCCAGAGAGAACUGUGGACCCCUCAUACCCCAGUUUGCACACCACUACAUCCGUCAGCUGGUGCUACCUGAAUUACACAAAGCCCAACCCCUCUACACAUAGAGAUUCAACUUCCGUCUAUUCCUCAUGGAGUGUUAGCAUGCAUAACCCCUCUCUCUCUCUUCUUUCUCACCUGAGCAGGUAUAAGUCAAAUGAGGACUAUGUGUAUGUUCGGGGUAGGGGAAGAGGAAAAUAUGUGUGUGGGGAAUGUGGGAUUCGCUGCAAGAAGCCCAGCAUGCUAAAAAAGCACAUUCGCACUCAUACAGACGUCCGUCCUUACGUCUGUAAGCACUGCAGCUUCGCCUUUAAAACCAAAGGGAACCUUACCAAACACAUGAAGUCCAAGGCCCACGGUAAGAAAUGCCUGGAGAUGGGAGUGUCAGAGUCAUCUGUGGAUGAGCUGGAGACUGAGGAAGCAGGGGGCAGUGAGGAGCGAGUGUGUGAGUCAGAAGAUCUGGAGGGGCACCAGUUCUCUGAUUUUGAAGAUUCUGAAGCAGAAGAUGAUGAGGAUGAGGAAGAGGACUUCUCUUCCCAUGAUGAACCAUCUUCAGUCUGUUCCACUGAUACUCGUCAGUCCACAGGUGACCUCUCUGAAAGUGGCCAAGGGUCACAGACUGAGCCCUCUGACCCUUCAGCAAAAGAGGAAUACUCCUCACCCCACAGACCAUUGCCUGGCAUACGAGCCGUAUCUCCAGGCAGCAAGAGGGCAUUGUUCUCCCGCAAGGGCUGGGAGGUUUCCCCGAGGACCUUCUCCCCUAGCAGUGAAGGCUCUCCCCUUAGAAGCCUGUCUCCUAGGCUUGAAUUGUCCUCACCUAGUCGUCAUCUCUCUCCUUCCCCAGAGAGGGGCCCAUCACCCAUCAGAGCCCUCUCCCCUCUCAGGCCUAUCUCACCUCUGAGGCCUGUAUCCCCGGCACGCUACAGGAGUGCCAGAGCUCUCUCCUCUCAUAUGCCCCUAAAGCCCCAGCAUCGGCCACACAGCUCACCUGCAGGGCUCCACUGGGAACCUAGCACACCAGCUACUGAGGGUCAAGAGGACAAGCCUGGUACUCCAUCUCUACAGGAGCGUAUGGCCCCGGAUCCCUGCCUGCUUUCCCCAUCCCUACGCUUCUCUCCAAGUGAGUCUUUCCCUCCCACUCUUGUGACACCACGGACCGUGGACCGCAUGUUUAGCCACCUUCCUUUACACUCCCAAGAUCAAGCCCGCAUGCCCUAUCACAUGAUUCCCAUUGGGGGCAUCCAAAUGGUGCAGCUCAGACCCCGAUCACGCCCCAAACGGGAACGACAGUCAUCCUCCACCCCUUCACCCACUUCUCCCAAAGAGGACUCCCCUUUUUCCCUCACCAGGAGGGAUUAUCCAUGGAUCUCGCUUCCGGAAACCAGUCCGCAAAGAACUCUGGCAGACAAAAGGACAAAAAGCCAAGAUGAGGGAGCCAGCCGGUCUGACCUGUCUUGUCCAAGUACUAGUUCGAGGUUACCUAAACUCCCCUCUUUACAAAAAGGUGUAGGGGAGCAACAGACUGCAAAGGUCAGAAAGCAAUAUGGCGACUCGAGGUCUGCCACAAAGACUCACACCUUCAGUCCCGAAACAUCCAGGAAAGCAGUGACAGACAGCGAUGCAGGAGCUGAGAGGAUCUCACAGGGGGAAAGAGCAAGUUCUUCACGUGAAAACAGACAGCUGCGUGAGACGGAAAAGCCUGUAGCGGCGCCACUCAGGGGACGUGGUUCUUUUUCAGAAGGAUGUUCAGGAUCUGGCAGUGCUCUUCAGAGCCAGGAAGGUGAUCAAGAUAGCACUUAAAAGCCUCUGUGCACAAUGGUGAAAUGCUUUCUACUGCUAAUACUACUAUUGUUUUGUUUUGUAAUGCGCUUAUUUUUUAUAUACAACAUUUUCAAUACUAUUGGUAACUUGGUAAAUGUUUGUUCUGCAAUAUUCAAGAUUGUAAUAUGAUGCACUUUUUUUUUUCUUGGAAAAAAAUAUUUCUGUAAAUCGAUUACGUCUGUCCCUCCUAUCUGUAUUGACAUUGCAAUCUUAAUAUAUCUAUUUGAAUAAGUAUAUGUACUUGUAAAACAUUAAGAAUGGGUAUGAAUACAUUUCUAAGUGACCAAGAUGAAAACUUUAAUCAAGAGUAAUUCCAAUAUUUCGUCUCUUGUCCAGUAUUGCGCAAAUUCUAGUGAUGUGUGCCUUUUUCUGUCCAGAUUUACUGCUUGAAGUGUCAAAGGUGAAAAGCUGUGAAUUCUUUUUAUGAAUAUAGUUUUUUUUUUUUUUUUCCAAAUGAGCUGGUAUUUGAAAAGCAGGAGGAUUUUCUUUAUACAUUAGGGUAAAUGAGACAGGCAAUGCUGUUGAAUAGACAAGAAACAGGUUUCGGCAGAGAGCCUUGCAGGGAAAUUGCACUGAAGUCAUAUUUUUUUAUAAUACAAGUGAUUAAAUGAUAAAUUGUCUCUGUACAGAUAGAAAGUCUAUGGUCCAUAUUUAUUGCCAUGUGAAAAUAUGAAAAUGCCUAUGUUUUGUUUACUUUGGUUUUCAAAGGGAUUUCUAUUGUCAUUUGUAUUAUUCUUUACACUUUUAUUAAUAGUUAGUUUUUUUUAGUUAUGACCUCAAGACUUGAAAUGAAGAAACUGGACAGGCUUUCAGUGAAGUUGGUCAAUAGUCGAGGUUCUGGAUGGAUCAAAUGCCCUCCAAAUUUGUCACAGACAUUUUGCAUUUCUGAACCAAUAAAAGUGCUCCAGGAAUUACUAAA